AUGAAGUUUAUCAUAUUCACAUUUUUCCUGAUUGGAGCUGUUUUUGCCAGCCCAACUGAAAGUCUGUCUGUUUCUCAAUCGUCUGAAAAUGACACCUCAGAGCUUCAGAGCUCUGAAGAAAAUAUCUCUAGUCUGAGUUCAGAGUCCCAAUCAGAUGAAUCUACAUCUGAGGACACGACUUCAGAGGAGAGUAACAGCGAGUCAGAGGAGGACAACGGGUCGGACUCUUUGGCUGAAACCAGAGAUGACAGCAUGGGCAGUGAGGAGAACGUUCGAAAGAGGGUCCAAGUGUUCGCAAGUGUCCUCAAAGUCCUGAGUGCAGAGGAUAACAGCAGCACAGAGGUCAAGAGUCUAUCCACUGAAGUGACUGAGAAACAGCAGAAGACGAACCUGGCUCAGGGUCACACAGACCUACAGCUGGUGGAUUCUACCUCAGACAGCAGCGACAGCACCAGUGAAAGCGCAGACACCAGUGACAGUACAGAGGAGACAGCUGCUACCAGUGACAGCAGUGAGAGCAAAGAAAGCAAUGAGACCAAUGAGACCAGUGAAGACAGUGACAGUGCCAGCAGAAGUGAAGAGGACAGUAAUGCCAGUGACAGUGCCGAGCUGGAGCAGGUUAAAGACUGCGUGAACGGGACUCAGAGCUGUGAGAGUGAAGAGUAUUUCUUCAGCGACAUAGGAGAUGAUGCCCAUUACUCUGUGGACAAUCUGAUGGUUCCAGAUGAUGGUGAAAGGGAGUUCAUGCUACGGAGAUGA